AUCGUGAUAGCUUGCUGAACGCAUCUCUCGUCUGUGCAGAUACUAAGGAACCUGAAUACCAUGUUCAAUCCAGGGUUACUGCGCGUUCGACGAAGAUCCACGUUCUGCGCAACGUCAAUGGUCAUUCCGCAGAGGUCUCUUGUAUCACGAAGAAGGAUAUGUUUCGAUCAGACACAGUUUCCUUCACCGGACACGGGGAGAUGAAGCUGAAUGACUGGAUACGAGACUAUGCGUUCUUCGAUCCCAAGCAAGCUUCCGAAUCACAUCCCCAGAAGUAUGUAUGGAGAGGCGGCGCGCCUGGCGAAUUAUGUCUUGUUCGAGAGGACGUUCAGAGUACCGAUUUCCCACUGGCCGUUUUCCGCGCCGCCUUGCCAGGCAAAGAACUUCCAUCUCUGCUUCUCACAGCAGAGGUGGAAUAUAUCCAGGAUGCAGUAGUGACAUCCUUACUUGUCGUGGCUCGCAAAAUACGAAGCCGAGAUGAGAAACGGGCUGCACAACCCAGUAUGCCUAUGUAUGCACAAAGUUCACCGUUGGGUUGAUCCGAUGUAGAGAUGUGAAAGAUUGAGACUGUAUUGUAUCGUGUAUUGUUUAAAUGGAUAGCAAUACCCACGGCUUCUGUCAUAAUAUAACAAUAUGGAUA